GCCGGGCCAAACCCGAAAGGUGGAUAAAUAUUUGAGCCCAGAUCCACGCGCAAGAGUGGCCCAAGGAUAAACGCAUCGUUUAGUCACCAAACUCAAUUGGGUCGACGUACGGUUGUUAAUAAUAGGAUUCGAUUCUUUCAAUCAUCUUCUUGGAAACAAUUAAGAUCCGUUCUCGUGCUUGCUCUCUCUCUUCGUCUUCUAGCUUUUGUUUCGCCUUCGAAAUCGUAACUAAGAUUCUCUCUUGGAUUCCCAGAUACUUUACUCUAUUCCGUAGCUUUUGUUCUUCAUUUUCUGGGUUUUAAGAUCAAUCGAUAUGUUCUUCUUUUUCAGGGUUUUCAAUCAAUCGCUCUCUUCUCCUUGUUUUUCAAUCAAACGAUCUGUUCCUUCCUUUUCUGGGGUUUUCAAUCAAUCUCUAUGUUCUUCUUUUUUCAGUCAAUCGCUCUCUUCUCCUUGUUUUUCAAUAAAACGAUAUGUUCCUUCCUUUUCUGGGGUUUUCAAUCAAUCUCUAUGUUCUUCUUUUUCAGUCGAUCGCUCUGUUACUUUUCUAUUUCAAUCAAUCGGUCUGUUUCUCUUGGUUUUCAAUCAAUGUUAUAUUCAUCUCCUUCUGUCAAUCGCUCUAUCCUUUUCUGGGUUGUAAGUUUUAAGUCUCUUGCAUCUUACAUUUGAAGCAAUGGUGGACGCAAGGUGUAAUACGUGCAGCAACCCUACGCGUUUCAAUUUUUGUUGGUUCCAUUCGGAAGGAAGAUUAUGUGUCAUGUCAAGAAAUGACUCAGCUGACUACGCUUGGAAUCAAGAAGGCCAUUUACAUUCUCCCCUCUGCCGUUUCUGCAGACUUGAACCGGCUGUGAUAACUUGCCGCAACGACAACUCCGUACUCUGCUACGGUUGUUUUCAACGAAACCACAGGAACUGUGUCACAUCCAACCAUGCAGUCUUGGUCAUACCUUUUUCAUCACACGUGGAAUCUUCACAACCGACUUUUCCUGACGCAGUCCGUUUGCCCAUGUAUAGACCUCCCCAGCCCCAGCGUGACCUGAACUUAGACUUGCACUUGCAGCUUCCUGGUCCCUCUGGUGGUCCUGGCCCUUCUGGUGGUCCUGGUCCCUCUGGUGGUCCUGGUCCCUCGGCUAGACGAGUCUGUGUUGGUGGGCUUCCACCCACUGCAAACGAACAGUCUGUUGCAACGUUCUUUAGCCAAGUGAUGUCAGCGGUUGGGGGAAACUCUGCUGGGCCAGGCGAGGCGGUGGUGAAUGUUUACAUAAACCAUGAAAAGAACUUCGCUUUUGUUGAGAUGAGAACAGUUGAGGAGGCUAGUAAUGCAAUGGCAUUAGACGGAAUUAUAUUAGAGGGGGUUCCUGUAAAGGUGAAGAGGCCUACUGACUAUAACCCAUCCCUUGCUGCAGCUCUUGGUCCGAGCCAGCCUAAUCCCAAUCUCAACUUGGCGGCUGUUGGAUUUUCCUCGGGGUCUACUGGUGGGCUUGAGGGUCCGGACCGCUUAUUUUUGGGUGGGAUUCCAUAUCGCUUGACAGAGGAUCAGAUCAGGGAGCUUUUGGAGUCGUUUGGGCCGCUAAGAGGUUUCAACUUGGUCAAAGACAGGGAAACUGGAAACUCGAUGGGAUAUGCAUUCUGUGUAUUCCAGGAUCCUUCAGUCACAGAUAUGGCAUGUGCUGCUCUAAACGGGAUUAAGAUGGGCGAUAAGACACUUACGGUGAGGCGUGCAGUCCAAGGUGGGGUUCAACCUAAGCCUGAGCAAAAAGAUAGACUACUUCAUACCAAACAGCAGAUUGCUUUGCAGGGGCUUAUGCUACAGCCAGGAGGCACGCCCACCAAGAUUGUCUGUUUGACUCACGUGGUUACAGCUAAUGUUCUUGGAGACGAUAAAGAAUAUGAAGAAAUAAUGGAGGACAUGAGACAGGAAGGUGGAAAACUCGGUAACUUGGUGAAUGUUGUGAUUCCAAGGCCCAAACCGGAUCAUGAUCCAACACCAGGAGUUGGGAAGGUUUUCUUAGAGUAUGCGGAUUUGGACGGCGCAGCAAAGGCAAGAUCGGGGAUGAAUGGAAGAAAGUUUGGAGGAAACCAAGUGGUGGCUGUGUAUUACCCCGAAAACAAGUAUGCGCAAGGCGACUACGACGGCUACUGAUCUUUCUUUAGUUUCUUUGGACCUCUUAGCAAGAAGUUUGAAUAUAUUUUUUGGGGGUUUUGUUGUAUGGAGAUAUUGGUUUGUGUAGAUCAAUUUAGUACUUGUCUAGACACAACCAAGGUGUGUAUUGGAUAAUGAUAAGUCUUUGGUUUCAUUAAAACACCCCUUGGAGUUAUGUUA